CACUGUUUUUUCUCUGCUUCUUCUCUUCCUCUUCUCCACUAUCCUUUCAUUUUUAAUCCCAUGGAUACCAUUCAGGUUAAAGCCCGUUAUUACGUCGCUCAGCUCGACAAGCAGCUGGAGCAAUACCCCCAAUUGAAGCACCUUGAGAUUGCCACCGGUUUGCCCAAGGCCUAUGUCGUUCUUGGAGCUGGAGCUUUUGUCUUCUUGAUGAUCUUCUUCAACUUUGCUGGAAAACUCCUCUCCAACCUCUUAGGAUGGGUUUACCCCGCCUACCGUUCAUUUAAGGCAUUGGAGACUCAACAGAAGGAUGAUGAUACUCAGUGGUUGACUUACUGGACUGUGUACGGAUUCGUCUCUAUCCUCGAGUCCUUCACUGACAUCCUCUUGUACUGGUUCCCCUUCUACUUCUUCCUCAAGACUGUCUUCCUUCUCUGGCUCAUGCUUCCUACCUUCAACGGUGCCUCCACCAUCUACACUCGCGUCCUUCGUCCUUUCUUGCUCCAGCACAAGGAGGAGAUCGACUCGUCCUAUUACAACUUGAAGGCCAAGGUUUCUGCUGCCGCUUCGGAGCUUGAUGCCGCUCAUUAAUGAAAAAAGACUUUAAAGAAAAGCUUUACUUCAACAUUUUCAUUUCGAUAUAGAGCCACAUUUAUUUAUUUAGCAUUGUGAAUAAUCUUCGAAUUUUCAAAUAUGAAAAAUAUGAUAUGACACUUUUAUAUAAAUAUGCGCUGAGCGUUUUUAGAAGCAUGUAAAGGACCAAUUAAACUAUGG